UUGGGGGACAGCAGGCUGCCCCCCCAGAUCCGCAACGCCGGCCGCCGGGAGCUCGGGGCUCCGGGCGCAGAAGCUGCGCUGUCACAUGGGCGGCGGCGACGGGGCCGCAUUUAAGCGGCCAGGGGACGGCGCCCGCCUGCAGCGCGUCCUCGGGCUCGGCUCCCGCCGGGCACCCCGCUCCCUGCUCUCCGGGGGCCCCGCACCACCCCCGCCGGGCCAUGCGAGCGCGGGCCCCGCCGCGAUGAGCUCGCACAUCGCCAAGAGCGAGUCCAAGACGUCGCUGCUCAAGGCGGCGGCGGCGAGCGGGGGCAGCCGGGCUCCCCGCCACAGCUCUGCGCGGGACCCCGGGCUGCGUGGCCGCCGGCUGCCUGGACCCUGCCCCGGCUCGCCGCCACCGUGCGGGGAUCCCAGCUCGCGGAGGCCCCUGUGCCGGCCCGUGCCGCGCGACGAGGGCGCGCGCGGGAGCCGGCGUGGGUUGCCCCAGGCGCACUGCAGGCCCCGGGAGACGCUACCGCCGGCCCGCGGGCGCGACGGGGAGGAACGGGGGCUGGCGCCGGCGCUCGGUCUACGGGGCUCCCUGCGAUCGCGGGGUCGCGGGGACCCGGCUCCCGCUGGCGCCUCCGAGACGGACCCGUUCCUCCACCGGCUGCGCCCCAUACUCAGCUCCGCCUUCGGCCAGGACAGAUCAUUACGACCGGAAGAGAUUGAAGAGCUCCGAGAGGCCUUUCGAGAAUUUGACAAGGACAGGGACGGCUACAUCAACUGCCGGGACCUGGGGAACUGCAUGCGCACCAUGGGCUACAUGCCCACUGAGAUGGAGCUCAUAGAGCUCUCCCAGCAGAUCAACAUGAACCUGGGUGGCCAUGUGGAUUUUGAUGACUUUGUGGAACUAAUGGGACCUAAACUCCUGGCAGAGACAGCAGAUAUGAUCGGUGUAAAGGAACUGAGAGACGCCUUCCGGGAGUUUGACACCAAUGGCGAUGGGGAGAUAAGCACUAGCGAGCUACGGGAGGCCAUGAGAAAGCUUCUGGGUCAUCAGGUGGGACACCGAGACAUAGAGGAAAUUAUCCGCGAUGUGGACCUCAAUGGGGAUGGACGAGUGGACUUUGAAGAGUUUGUCCGGAUGAUGUCUCGCUGAGGCCGCCCAGGGGCUCCUCCAGGACUGCCAACUCCCACAGGCGGGGAGCAGAGCCGAGCCGAGCUCGCCUCACCCCGCAGUAGCUGCUGAGAGAGCCCAGGAUGUACUGGCGGAUGGGGCCUGCCUGCACCCCGGGGGAGGUGCCCACCCCGGACCCCCACCCCUCCGCACUGUGAAAGACUCACCACUCCUGCAACUGGAAAAGGGGGCGCCCGCCGGCGAGGAGGCCACAGUGCCGGUAGAGGACAUGCAGGGCGCCGAGUGCCAUGUGCCCAGCCGCUGCUGCUGGCUGGGUGGGCCAGGGAGCCCGCCAGCAGACCCCCACACAGCAUGUCUGCCCCAGGGCAGAGCCUUUCAGCGCCCUCCUGAGCUCUAUGCCGGUCCCAGCUCGCCUAGCCCUUUGAUCUCAGAACCAAUAAAAAAAC